AUGACACGCUCGGGUCUUGAUCUGUGGCAGGCCGCGAGCAAAACGAAGAACGACGCCAACAAGAAGCAAGAGAACGAAGGCACACUUGCCCCUCGUCUUGCCCCGCUCCUGCAGUCCAUGGCCGCAUCCCAGCUGCUGCUCGCUUUCAUGGCGUUUACCAGCUACCACGUCCAGAUCGUGUCGCGGCUGUCGACGGCGUACCCGGUGUGGUACUGGUGGCUGGCGCAGGGCCUCAGUGGCGGUCCGCGGUCCAAUUUAGCCGGCGGACUUGUCGUCUUCAUCGUCAUGUAUGCAUCGAUACAAGGCAUGUUGUUCGCGUCGUUCCUGCCGCCAGCAUAG